UGGGCACAGGUGGGUGGCACUGGUGGGCACAGGUGGGUGGCACUGGUGGGCACAGGUAGGUGGCACUGCAGAGUGGCACAGGUGGGUGCACUGCUGGGCACAGGUGGGGGCACUGCUGGGCACAGGUGGGGGCACUGCUGGGAACGGGUGGGCGGGGCUAGUGGGCGCACUGCUGGGCGGAACUUGCGGGAUGUCACUUCUGGCACCGAUCAUCAGGGCACUGAUCAUCAGUGCCCUGAUGAUCGGUGCCGAUCCCCGCUGACAACUGCCGGUUCUCGCGCAGUACUUUUUCCUCACGAUCUGAACAGCGUGAGGAAAGUGCAGCCGAGAACCGGCACUUGC